AUGAUCUCUGUCCUUAUCGAACACCCCGAAGACGGCUUCUUCCUUUACGAAACAGGUGCAGGCAAGGAUUACCCAGAGGUAUGGGGGCCUCAGCUCGCCGACAUCUUUGCUCGGGGAGAGCAUAACGAAGACUUGGAGCUCGACGCAGCUAUUAAGAAGACUGGCCAUGACAUCAAGGACGUCAAAGGUGUCAUUAUUGGACACUUGCACUUGGAUCAUGCAGGUGGUCUCGAAUACUUCAGAGGUACUGAUGUGCCUAUUUAUGAUCAUGAGAUAGAGCUCAAAAAUGCUUUUUACAGCGUUGCUAGCAAGGUAGAUAUUGGAGUUUACUUACCAACCUAUCUCAAAUUUGACCUGAACUGGACGCCCCUCUACGGCGACAGUAUCCUCAUCGCACGCGGUAUCACAGUGCAUUUAUGCCCCGGGCAUAGUCCGGGACUCUGCAUCAUGCAGGUCAACUUGAAAGAAAGCGGUACCUGGAUCCUUACCUCAGAUCUGUACAUCGUGCAGGAGAAUUAUGAUAAUCUCAGCACGCAGGGUUGGUUGACGAGAGAUCAUGCUGCUUGGUCUCAGUCUAAUCAGCUGGUGCACAUGUUGCAAAAGGCGACGGGGGCGAAAGUCAUUCUUGGACAUGAUCGAAAUGUUUUGAUGCGUCACAAGCUUGCUCCGGAGUACUACGAGUAA